UUAGCAAAGCAGCAUCCGCAUUAGAAGGUUAAAUGAACUGUGAGGACAUGUCUUUGGGAAUAACACUCUUAAUUUAUGAAGACAAUUACAGGAAAUUUUGCCAACACGAUUCAUGGUUUGCAUGCAAACCACUUGACAGACCAGGUCAUUCAGAGAAGCAAGCGAAUGAUUCUGGACACUCUUGGAGUGGGGCUUCUGGGUACCAACACAGAGGUCUGCCACAAAGUGAAACAAUACAGCAAGAUCUACAGCUCAGAUAUAUCCAGUACCAUCUGGGGCCACAUGGAUUUUCGACUGCCUCCUUUGUAUGCAGCUUUUGUGAAUGGAGUGGCUGUGCACUCAAUGGACUUUGAUGACACGUGGCAUCCAGCCACACACCCAUCUGGGGCUGUGCUCCCUGCCCUGAUUGCACUCUCAGAAGCCACUCCUCAGAAGAAAAAAAUCUCAGGUCUUGAUCUGCUCUUAGCUUUCAAUGUGGGAAUCGAAGUGCAAGGCAGGCUGCUGCGCUUCUCCAGCGAAGCCAGGAAUAUCCCAAAAAGGUUUCACCCACCAACUGUGGUUGGUACGAUGGGGAGUGCAGCAGCUUGUGCUAAGCUGCUAGCUCUUGACCGGCAGAAAUGUGAAAACGCCUUAGCUAUUGCUGCCUCCUAUGCAGGUGCCCCACUGGCUAAUGCAGCGACCCAAACAAAGCCCCUCCAUGUUGGCAAUGCUGCCAAGCAUGGACUGGAAGCAGCAUGCUUAGCGUCACAGGGCCUUCAAGGAAACAAACAGAUCUUGGACAUGGAGUCAGGGAUAGGUGCAUUUUAUACAGAUUACAGCCCACAGACUCUGCCAACCUUGCAGUCCUAUCCCUGGCUGUUAGACCAGCAAGAUGUGGCCAUCAAACGCUUUCCUGCUCAUCUUGGAACCCACUGGGUGGCUGAUGCAGCAUCUUUGGUUAGGAGGAAGCUUGUGGACUGCAAUGACAACUUGCUCCCCCUUGAUAAAAUUGAGAAAGUCAUUCUCAAAGUCCCAGAGGUCAAAUAUGUGAACAGACCCAGUCCUGCCUCAGAGCACGAAGCUCGACACUCCUUCCAAUUUGUUGCGUGCUCUGCUUUGCUGGAUGGCAGCAUGUCAGUCGAGUCCUUCACCAGCGAGAACAUUCACCGGCCAGCCUUGCAGGAGCUACUCAACAAAACACAGCUGGAGCACCCUCCUGAUAACACACCUAGCUUUGAGAGCCUUUACUGCGAAGUGAGCAUCACUCUGCAGGAUGGCAACACCAUCAGUGAUCGCUGCAAUACAUUCUAUGGACACUGGAGAAAACCCCUGAAAAAGGAGGACUUGGAGAAAAAGUUUCAAUCCAAUGCCUCCAGCAUCCUACCUGCAGAAGCCACAGAAAGCAUUAUAGAGACAGUGUACAACCUGGAAAAAGUGGAGGACUGUUCUGUAUUAAGUACUUUUUUAUCAGGACAGUCAGCUGGAGUGCUUGCAAAGAAGCUGUGCUUUCUUUGAGCGUGUCAACUGAGAGCUAGACAUUGCUCGCAAAGCAAACAAAAUUCAGGACAGACAUUGGCGACUCAUGAACUGUUAAAAUGGACUCCUGUAACAGAACUGCCAUGCUCAGCUCAAUAUUGUGGGUUUUGACUAAGUAAACAAUUGAACAAUUAUAUGCAGAGCUAUCAGGCUGAACAGAAGAUUCUCUGUUGGCACAGUGGGUGUGAAGCAUCUUUGUAACUCUGAAGGUAAAGCACUGCUUGCAUGUGACAAAAAUUUCCUUGCUCUCCUGCAAAAAAAUCUUUAUGUUCUGCUAAGUAACUUCUUAAAGAAAUCCAAAUUCUGGAGGAGUACAGAAAUGCUGUGUCUUUGUGAAACAUCACUGUGAGGACAGAGAACAAAAGCCUUUAGUUAUGUAUUUCUGUAGAUUUAGCUCUAAAGCCUCCUUGAAGAG